AUGAAUAAAGGCUAAUCUCCAAGAAGAGAUCAUUCUCCAAAUUUCUUCUAUAAUAUUACAAAUGAUAAUUACAUGUAUAAGAGGAGUACAGAUACAUAACAAACAGAUCAAAAUUGCAUGACUAAAUAAGCUAGAAAUUAUGUGAAUAAUGCAAACAUUACAAAUUCUCCAAAACCUGCUGGAUCACCUUCAAGAAUGAAUUUUACUAUGCAAAACAAAUAUUUCCAUCAAUCAAAUAUUUUUGAUGGAAUUCAAUAAACAAAAGAGUAUAAGCAACCUGAAUAGGCAUAGAAGGAGAAAUAUCGAGACAAUAAAUCUCCUUCAAUAUUAAAUGGAGCACAGAUUAACAAAAAUUAUAAUUGCACAUCUGGUAAAUCAUAGCCAAUAAUCAAUAAAUCAAAAUAAAUUACGGUUGAGUUUUAAACAGACAACAAUAAUUUUGAUGCUUUGGAUUUAAAAAGAUCUUUAUUAAAAUAAGGUAUUUAGAUUUCUGAUAUAUAAAUGAAAAAUCCCAUUAACUCAGGAAGAACUAAGAAUGUUGGAAAUCUGACAGUGAGAGGAGAUGAAGACAAGUUGUCUAAUCUCCAUUAAGAACUUGAAAAAGUUGGACUUAAAACACAUGACAAACCAAAUAAUUAUUAUAAAUAACAAGCUGAUCAUAGUUGGAUGCUUUAGAAAUAAAAAUAUGAUAAAAUUGAAUAUUUCAAGAAUCGUUGA